UGUUCCAGUGGAUGGACGAACCUCCUCCUGCAGAUAAAAGCAGAGACUCUUCGACGCUCCGACACGCUGGAGCUGAAGGAACCAGACGAUCCGUCUCCUGCAGAUCUCAGAUCAGUCGUCACCACUGGGACCAUGAGGCAGCCGUCGCUCCACCUCCUCCUGCUCCUCCUGCCUCCUCUGCUCACCAGCCCUUCUCCUCCUCCUCCUCCUCCUCUCCAUGUGGACUGCAAAGAAAUCCACGAUGCAGACGUCAGCCUACCCAGCGGGGUGUACACCAUCUACCCCACUGCCUCCGGUGUGCAGGUGUUCUGUGAAAUGAAGGACUUUGACGGAGGGUGGACGGUGUUCCAGAGGAGGAUGGACGGCUCGGUGAACUUCUACAGGCCCUGGGACCUCUACAAGGAGGGCUUCGGCAACGCCGAAGGAGAGUACUGGCUCGGUCUGGAGCAUCUCUUUAACUUGACAAAUGGCAAAGACUACCAGCUGGUGGUAGACAUGGAGGACUUCGAGGGAAACAGAAGCCACGCUUAUUACUCUGUGUUCUCCGUGGACUCCGAGUCUGACGGAUACAGGCUGAACGUGUCUGGAUUCGUCGGAAAAGAAAAAGACUCCCUGAAACGUCACAACGGACAGAAGUUCUCCACCUUCGACAGAGACCAGGACAACAGCGAAGAAAGCUGUGCCAGGAAAUUCAUGGGGGCAUUCUGGUACAACAACUGCCUGCACGCAAACCCGAACGGCCUUUAUCUGUGGGGAUCCCACGACACCCUCUUUGCUGGCGGAAUGGAGUGGUACCACUGGAAAGGGUUCAACUACUCCCUGAAGGGCAUCCGGAUGAUGAUCCGUCCCAAGCAGUAAACCUGCAUGUCGAUCUCUACCGUCUCCGUUCAAACUCUCAACAACAAUCAAUAUCCUGAAUUACUGUAAUGCAUUAGUAAAAGUUGCAGCAUCUAUCCUUAAUAACACAAAAUUACGGUAAUUGACAUCUCUUUUUUCGGACUAAAUAAAAUAUCCGCACCAAUGUGA